AUGUCAAGAGUAACGUUUCCUAUUUUAGAUACAGCAACGUUAGCAAAUGACCUUCAGAUCUGUGAUUUUAAUAUAGCAACCGUUGAAAACCUUUCAAAACCAACGACUGAGUUUAUUUACAUUUUACUUAGCCAAAUUAUUGCCACUUAUAGCAAUAUUUCUUUAGAAUCUAUACUAAAGAAGUUACAAAAAAGAUCACAUUCAUCUAGUGCACCUAAUUCUCUGUUACUACCAUUACAAAAUGAUUCAUCAUCAAUUGAUCAUUCAAAAAUACUGAUUCUAAAUCAGCUAUGUUCAUCUUUUUUUAAAGAGAUAGGCGUUAGUAACUUCAAUUUAAUGAAUAUAUAUAGGCCCAAUACUGAAACUACAAAUAUAUUAUUAAGUGCAGUUGUGAAUUUUGCCAAAUUUAGACAGGAAAAGACCAAUAAUACUAAUACACGAUUAUUCCUAGUAAAUUUGGAUAAUCAAAUAUCUGAUCUUCAAGCAAAUAUUGACACUUUCAUAUUGAAUGUUGAAAAGAUUCAAUUGUAUAAAAAUAAUCAAAAUGAAUUAUUGGAAAAAGCGAACUUGAAUGAAUUGGAACAGGCAAGCUCAAACGAGCUAGAUAACAAUAAAAAUGAUGAUGAUAAUAUAACUAAAAAUAACAAAGCUAAUACUAAUUCAAACUUUGAUAUUGAUGUGGAUUUAAAUAAAUUGAUAAAAUCAUUUGAACUAAAUAUAUCUACCUUUGUAGAAUUAAAUAAAUUGGAAGAAAUUAAUUUAAAACAACUACGAGAAGUUCAAGAAAAAGUAACUACAGAAUAUAGCAAAUAUAAAACAGAAAAGAAAAUAUUCUUAAAUGAUUUGACUAAUUUAUCUAACUAUUUAAUUGAUUUAACUUCACAAAGGGAUAAAAUGGCAAAAAAUUUAAAUAUCAAUAAAGCAGAUUUGGUAAAUAAUAUUGAAGAUUUAAACUCCCAGUUAAGUUUAAAAUCAAACGAUAAUGAGAAGCUAAUUUUAAAAUUAAAUAAUUUUAAGACAACUAUUCAAACUUUACAGACGUUUAUUUCCGAACUAUACGAUAUUUUAGGCAUAAAUUUUAUGGAAUUAUCAAAUUCUCAUGAAAAAGAUUUGCGUCUCACUGAAACAAAAUCUCAACUUCAGAAGAGAUCAAAUAAAAUUGAAGAAUCUUUUAGAAUAGUUAUCGACAAACAAUUAAAUAUAUUAGAAGAACAAGUAACUGAAAUGAGAAGCGAUUUAAGAUUACUAAAUGAAAAAAAUAGACUUGAAAAAAGUAAGAAUAAUGAAAUAACUAAUAAUUUAAAUAGAAAAUUCAAAACAGAAAUACAUUUAGAACAACAAAAUUUAGAUAACUAUAUUACUAAUGAAAUUGAAAAUUUUAAGAAGAAAAAUAUAAUUGACCAAAUAGAUAAAAUUAAACAUGAUUUUGAAAUGGAAUCCAAAAUGAUAGAAGAACGAUAUUCAGAUUUGAUUUCAAAUGCCACUAUUUACCUUAAUAAUAUAUCUUCCAGAAUUAAUGAUACACAAAAUAAUUAG